CUGUGAAGCUCUAAAAUUCUUCUGUGUUUUUUUUUUCUUAUGGGUCAACUAAUUUGUGGCUUUUCAGUUGGUCAUGCUUGCAAAGUUCGUGCCAUUUAGAGUUGGUUGUAAUAUGGUUUUGAAGGGUAUUUAGUGUUUGUUAUGUGUGAAAGGUGGGUGCAAGUUUGUUAUGUGUGAAAGGUGGGUAAAUUACAUAGCGGAUCCCUCCACUAAAAUACAAAUCCAUUCAAGAAAAAAGGCCCAGUCCAAGGACUAAUGGACGGGGCCCAAAAAUUAAGGCCCAGCUUCUAAGCGCCGAAUGAACCAAGUCACCAGCAAAAGGCUUUUUUCCGCCCUUUUUGACAGUCCAACGAAAAGCUUAGCGGUGGACUGCUGUGUUGUCGAGUCAGAACUUUACAGGUAUCCUUUCCUCUGUCGCUGUGUUCUUCAUUUGGCGAGCCUCUUCCCCGUCGAAACUUCUCCGUCCGCCAUCGCUCUGCCUUUUUCCAUUCGUUUUUUGCAGCUUGGCCAUGGUGUGCUAAUUGUGAAUUGUGAAUUGUGAAUUGUGAUGUCACUCGUUCCGAUACCUUACAGUGUCUUGUUAUCUUCUUCGCCCUCCCUAUGAUUUUCCCGCCCUUUGACUCGAAGUAGCUAUACGAGAACGAGAUCCGCCCUCGAAACAUUUCUGUGUUCCUUCGAGUGUUAUCAUUUGCUUGUUGGUUCGACUUCUUUUCGUCUCAACUAGAACUCUUCGUCUCUCUCACCCGUUUGGCAGCUAGGUUUUGACGAUUCCAGUAUCGUCAAUUUUGGUGGAUUAGAUAGUUCUCAAAUUGUGUGCUGUAUAUUGGUGCCACUGUUCCUUCAAUUGCCAUGGUUGUUUGAACACGCUGUCUCUCUCUCUAUAAGACCUAGCUGAUUGAAUUACUUGGGUUCUCUUCUGUUUCUGUAGGCCUGACUGAACACAAGGUGCUGAAGCCUCAGUUGUGCGAAGAAGAAGAAGAAGCCUGUAAGUAAUCUCUCCCAAUUAUUCAUUGUGGAGUUUGUGAAGCUUGUUCAUAACUUAUUGUUGCUUAAUCCUUGUUAGCAUUCGUUUGAUUCCUCGGUUUCUCCACGGAGUGCUAUUAUUUGUAGAUUCAAUUAUUGAGCCUUUGGAUUCCUAGAUUUUCCAAUCAUCUCCUGUCCAAUAUGAUUCCUUUAAUCAUUUCCUGAUCUAAUUAAGAAUAGUUUCAAUUAGUGGAACCCCAGUGCUGCAGAGUCAGAGAGGACUCGGAAUAUUGUUUUUGUCAGUACUCAUAGCCCAGAUAAUAUAAACUAUCUAAAUACCCGGCCGGUUUGUUAUAGGAUACAUCAAAAAGAUAUGCAUUAUGAUUAAUAAAGGUGUGUUUUCAUCAUAAUCACUCCACUUUAUUAAUUUUUUAAGAGAGUAGGAACAAAACAACCGGAAGAAGGAGAAGAGAGGAGCAGAGACGGAGAAUAUUGGGGGUCUUGAAAUUGCAACCAUCAUGGCAGAGCUUUGCACACUAGAUUUGUCAUAGCCGGGGAAAAAUAUUAUGGGUUUAUUGGGUUUAGCCAAUUCAUCAUCGCUUAUAAAUCUCAACGUUGCUUCUUCUACAUCUUCCCUCCGGCCUUCUUUGCCUUCCCUGUUCCCUUCUCUUUCUUCCUUCCGGAUUCAACCUCUCUCCGCAGGGAACAAGAAGUUUGUGGCCCUAGUGCAGAAUCUCGAUCGUAAUUUGGAUAAGGAGCUGCUGAGUGAACCGAUGGAGUCGGACAAGGAUGAAUCCCAGGGUGGUUUGAAUCGAGGCCUCUACCCUCCUCUUGAUCCCUACGAUAGUGGGUUUUUGAAAGUCUCUGACCUCCACUCCAUCUACUACGAACAGUCUGGGAAUCCUAGUGGCCAUCCAGUUGUCUUCCUUCAUGGUGGACCUGGUGGAGGAACUGCACCGAGCAAUCGAAGGUUCUUCGACCCGGAGUUCUACAGAAUAAUCCUCUUUGAUCAGAGAGGUGCAGGGAAGAGUGUACCCCAUGCUUGUUUGGAGCACAACACCACCUGGGACCUUGUCAGUGAUAUUGAGAAACUAAGAGAACACUUAAAAAUCCCAGAAUGGCAGGUGUUUGGUGGUUCAUGGGGAAGCACACUUGCGCUUACUUAUAGCCAAUCUCAUCCUGACAAGGUGACCGGCUUGGUCCUCAGAGGAAUUUUUCUUCUACGAAAGAAGGAGAUUGAUUGGUUCUAUGAGGGUGGUGCUGCAGCCAUAUUUCCUGAUGCUUGGGAGCCAUUCAGGGAUCUGAUUCCAGAAGAUGAAAGAGGAUCUUUUGUCAAUGCUUACAGCAAGAGGCUGAACAGCGCCGACAUGGAAAUUCAAUAUGCAGCUGCAAGAGCCUGGACCAAAUGGGAAAUGAUGACUGCCUAUCUUAUUCCAAGUGAGGAGAGCAUCAAGAGAGGUGAUGACGACAUGUUUUCAUUGGCAUUUGCAAGGAUUGAAAACCACUACUUUAUUAACAAAGGCUUUUUCCCUUCGGAUUCAUACCUGUUAGACAACGUGGAUAAGAUCAGGCACAUCAACACUACAAUUGUCCAGGGAAGGUAUGAUGUUUGCUGCCCCAUGAUGUCUGCUUGGGAUCUGCACAAGGCAUGGCCAGAAGCAGAAUUCAAGAUUGUUAGGGAUGCAGGGCACUCUGCGAACGAACGAGGGAUUACUGCAGAGCUUGUUGCUGCAAAUGAGAGGCUAAAGAAUAUCAUUAGGAACAAAUCGUGAGAGCCAAAGUGAGUCAGAAUCUGGAUUAGGAGAAAAACAAAGCAACCCGGAAGUCGCAUAUGUCUGAAGAGUGAACCAAAUAAUUAGCAGUACAAUGCCAACAUAAAGACCAACCUUGUUUGUUAUCGGAAUCCGUUUUGUGUUCUGCACUUUUUAUUAUGUUUUGAUUAUAUGGCUGCCAUGGUAAGCACUCUGCAUCAUCGUGGUAAAACGACGUAAACAAAUUUCGAGAUCGGAGUUCAAAUGAACAAGAUAUAUGAGCGAAAAAAGAAUAGAGAGAGAGAGAGAAACAAUGAAAGAGAGAAACAAAUUGAUGGCAAGCAGCUGGGUAAGAACAAACGAAGGGAACAAGAAAAAAAAAAAAGUGGAGGCUCUUAAAUAAGACAGAUGAAACUUGAUGCAACUAUAGCCUACAGUAACAAAUGGAACACAACCAACAAGAAAAUGGUCAAAUUAGAGAUUUAGGCACUAAGAACAAUGGUAUACAACCAAACUCUCAACUCCAAUUCAAGGUAAGACAAAUGCAGUAUGAAAUCUUGUUAAUUAUGUCGUUCUGUCAAGAACCCCAGGCCCAGAAUAUGUACAGACAUUUGACCUUACACCGAACCAACAUUUGAAUCGAGUCGGAGCAAAUUGAGCACAUAGCGAUUCACCCAAUAUCUAUGAAUUCAUUGAUAGUUAAGAAGAAAGAAAAAAAAAACGUACUGAAAUUAAAUUUGGACCUGACAUAAUUGUAUCUAAAUAGUUCCUUUGUUUUUAGUUCCGAUUCUAUCUCAAUUCGAUCGAAAUCUGCACCUACUCCGACACGACAUACUCUCUCCAUCCAUCUCUAGAAGAGGAAGAUUCAGUUCAGUCCAUCAAUUAAAAUUACUUCUGGCAGGCCCCCAUGCAUAUGGCUGGCCAGAAGAAAUAGUUUUUGGAAUUUAGUUACGAUUUUUCUUCUUUUUGUUUGUGGGUAAUAAUGAGAGGUCAAAUCACCUGACUCUCCCAGUUUGUUUCUAUGCUAUCUACCAAUUCUGCAAUUCUGCAGCAUGUGUGGUCGUCAGGCUAGAUUCCUCUUCAGCGAGCUAGCCGAUGCUUUUGUUGAUUCCUUCAUCCCGCCAUUUACUGUGGGGGGACCAACAACAACCCAUCGUCGCCAAAUUCUCUCGAAUUGAUCACUAAAACGCGUAACAUAACGAGCGUAAACACGUGCUUACAUCGAUAGUAAUCGAAUCGACUCAGCAUCCGCAUUCUACACACCUCUUAUUCCCUGUCAUCCAAGAUUUUGAAGCUUGAUUAACUAUCCUUCUCCUGACACUAUUAAGUUUCAACCUUAGAAGCCAUAGAUUAUUAGUGUCACGUGAAAGAAGAAUAGUGGGAUACAGCCUUUCAACUAGAAAGAAUCGUAUUAGGGGGAAGCAUGAAGCACGUUGUUGGUGAUGAGUAGUGCAGCAGAAAAGACAAUGCUUUCUGUCUUUCUGCCUUCUGGUCCACCGGUGAAAAAAAGAAAGAAGAACAAUGCGCAGUUAGAGAUAAGUCCAGCAUGUAAAGAUGCUCUGCAGUUGCAGGCUCUCGAGCCCAAUCAACUGAGAGCUUGGCAAUCCUCCAUCAAUGGCAGCAAACUAGCAGUGGAUGCUAAACCGGCUCCGAUUCUCCGGGUUAACCGAACCAUUUCCAUGCUUGUUACGAUCACGGUUUUGGUUAACCGAUAGUAAAAAAAAAAAAAAAAAGUUGUUUUUUUAAUUUCAUUGGAUAAGUUUUUCGGUUAUAUGCAAGACACAUGGUUGUCAAACCGGUUUAAGUCAUUGAGUCGGUCAAGUAAGGGGUUUGAGGUUUAAUGGUCUAAUCAGCAGGGUCCGGCCGGUUUGAGCCAUUUUAUCCGUUUUGUAAAUAUAUGUAUACAAAUAAGAUAGUAAUUAAAGAUUUAAUGUCUG